ACCUCGCAAUAUUCGUACCCCCCCUAGCUUGCCCUCCCCCGCGGGUCAUAUAAAGCUCGCCUCCCUCCCCCACCGUUCCUCCAACAAGAACCCCGGCGCACCACCAUCGCAGCAACCUGUAGCAUUCGGAGCAAAGGCUCCUUCUUCUAGCUCGUCUACACUACAGACCGACCACAGAGUAAGCUCGAUCCAAGAUCAUCGAUGGCUGAUCAGAGGAACGCGACGGUGCGACCGCUCCUGCGCCGGGUGCUCUCGUUCCGGGAGCCGCUCCUGCUCAUCCCGUACCUGCUCACCUUCCUCGGCGCCGCGGCGUCGGCGUUCGUGCGGAGCCACUCCUCGCUGCUGCACGCGCUGGCGAGGUCGCUCGUCCCGUCCAAGUGCGCGUACAGCGCCUCGCCUGCUAGCGGCGACCUGCCCGUCGCCGCCGCCGAGGCGGCGGAGGAGGAGGAGGCGGCGGAGGACGCCGCGCUGAGCAAGGAGGAGGUGGAGGCGAUCAUGGGCGCGAUCGGCCUCGCGGCGGCCGGCCGCGGCGAGGGCCUCGCGCCCGCCAUGGGCCAGGACGAGGUGGCUCGGCUGUUCGACGCCGAGGAGCCGAGCUUCGCGGAGGUGCGGAGAGCCUUCGCGGUGUUCGACGCCGACCGCGACGGGUUCAUCAGCGCGGCCGACCUGCAGGGCGCCCUGGCGAGGCUCGGCGUGCGGGAGGACGCCGCCGCGUGCCGCGCCAUGAUCGCCGCGGCCGGCGGCGGCAGGGACGGCCGGAUGACCCUGUUCCAGUUCGUCAGCUUCCUCGAGAACGGCUUGUGUUGAGAUCCAGCCGGAGGAACUGACCAUUUACUUCAUUUUUUCCCCUUUCUUUUCGUCGACUCAGCUCGUGGCAGGAGAUGUGAGAGUAGUGAGUGCGUGUCCUCGGAGAGACGAACGGUGUUGGUUCUCGCGUGUGUUUUUUUCCUCCUGCCAUGAGUCGGGGGUGGAUGAACUGUGCAGCGAUUAACGCACUAAUUCCCAAGCUAAGGAAACAGAUAAAUGGAACUAAUUUGCCCCGUUGCAAAGAUC